AUGAUCCUCAGAUCUUCUGGAAAAGGUCAUGUGUACCCAACUAGCUAUGUACCUUAUCUUUUUGACUAUCAAUCGAAGAAAAAAACAGUGCCUUUCAUUGUCUCUUAUGUGGAAUCCCUGGAUCGUCUCGGGGUGGAUGCCGUGGAUCGCAUCGUGGCAGAGGGCCUUCCACUGCUCGUGGAACAAAUGCUGCAGGACUCAACGUUCAACAAAAUUCAGGAAACGCAUCGCCAAUUCUCGGUCCAGAUCCUGGAACAAGCCAUGGUCCAGCCCCGACAUCAUCAGCUGGGAGAGGUCGAGGAAGAGGAACCCUACGUGCCAGAGCUCGCGGAAGAGGGACAGUUCGCGGUUCAGUUCAGCGUGCUCGAUCAGCUUCUUUUACUUCAGAAUCAAGUUCAGUUGCUUCAAACACUUCUAAAAGUACCAACAAAAAGCCUUCCUCCCAAAAACCUUCCCUUCAAAAAAAGCAAAAAGCCAACUUUAUAA